GGCGGGACAGCGUCUCACAAACCGGACCGUAAACCGUUGCGUUUCCUCUUUCUAGCCAGCGCCGAGCGAUGGGCAUCUCUCGGGACAACUGGCACAAGCGCCGCAAGACUGGGGGCAAGAGAAAGCCCUAUCACAAGAAGCGGAAGUAUGAGCUGGGACGCCCUGCUGCCAACACUAAGAUUGGCCCUCGACGUAUACACACAGUCCGAGUUAGAGGAGGCAACAAGAAGUAUCGCGCUCUGAGGCUGGAUGUGGGGAACUUCUCCUGGGGCUCUGAGUGUUGCACUCGCAAAACAAGGAUCAUUGAUGUUGUCUACAAUGCAUCCAAUAACGAGCUGGUCCGCACAAAGACCCUGGUGAAGAACUGCAUCGUGCUCAUUGACAGCACACCGUACCGACAGUGGUACGAGUCCCACUAUGCACUGCCCCUGGGCCGCAAGAAGGGGGCCAAGCUGACCCCUGAGGAGGAAGAGAUUUUAAACAAAAAGCGUUCAAAGAAAAUUCAAAAGAAAUAUGACGAAAGGAAAAAGAAUGCCAAAAUCAGCAGUCUUCUGGAGGAGCAGUUCCAGCAGGGCAAGCUUCUUGCCUGUAUUGCAUCCAGGCCAGGCCAGUGUGGCCGAGCAGAUGGCUAUGUGCUAGAGGGCAAGGAACUGGAAUUCUAUCUGAGGAAGAUCAAGGCCCGGAAAGGCAAAUAAGUCAUCAUCCAUGCUUCUGUAAUAAAGGUGUUUAUUGUUCUACAUCCUACAUUCA